AUGCCGGCGUUCUUAUUGGAUAACCAACAAGCUCCAUACAGUCUCCGGUCUAGGUCGCUGCAACAACUUGUAAGGUCUGCCCAUUUGAAUGCACUAUGGAACAUACGCAUUCAUCAGUCCAUCGCACUGUGCUAUUUGCCUCAUUUUAUACCCUACCGGCUGAAUCUGUUGUGUAUCAGCCGCCAGCAGGCUUCAAGGGCUGUCAAUGUACUGUUCUCUACUUCCCUCGUCGUAGAGGGAUGCCCUUUUGGAUUGUUUGUUGGCUCAUCUACAAUGCAAGGUGACCUUUGUAUGGAAGUUUUCACUGAGCGAAGCAACACAUCACUGCCUAUCUCCAAACGACGCACUCGCCAGGCCGCACUUGUGGCACUGAAGCACUUUGUUCCAGAAGACUAUGCUUGCUUUGUGUGUGGCCAACUGUAG